AAAUAUGGCGACAUCCAUGUGAAUGUUGAUGUGAAUUUAUAUUUAUAAAUAAAAACUCCAUUUAUUUAUCAAUAAAUAAUAAUUUAAAAAAUACAUAAAGAUUUGAUUUAUUAUUGUUGAAAAAACAAUAUUAAAAAUGAGUAUAAUAAAAAAUUGCAUUUUUAAUGUCUUAAAAAAAGACAAUGUAAUAUUAUUUUGUAAAUUUAGUGGACUAAGUCGUAAAUACUCAUACAAAAGUGCAUAUUCUUUAGAUAAAUUUUAUCCAAAAAGUAAUUUAAAAAUUUACACACCAACUUUUAUUCCUGAAGAUCCAAAUGCAAAGUUUGAUGGUUUUAUACCAAUGGAUAAAUUGUCAGUGACAUAUAGUCGUAGCAGUGGACCUGGUGGACAGAAUGUAAAUGUUGUUAAUUCAAAAGUUGACCUGAGAUUUCAAGUUAAAAAUGCAACAUGGAUAUCUGAUGAAAUUCGAGAAAAAUUAUUAGUUCAGGAAAAAUCACGUAUAAAUAAAGAUGGAUAUUUAAUAAUUAAAUCUGAAUUAACAAAAUCACAACAAAUGAAUCUUGCUGAUGCACUUGAAAGACUUCGUAGUAUGAUAAGAAAAGCAGCAACUCCAGCUCCAACAACAUCACCUGAUACUGAAGAAAAAAUACGUAAAGGUCAAAUUAAAGCUGCUCGACAACGUCUAUUUGAAAAGCGAAUUAAAUCACAAAUUAAACAAGAUCGUAAUCCAACUGAUUACUUGUAAAACAAAAAAAAUAAAAUCAUUUUUUCAAUAAGUAAAAAUAGACAAAUGGUUUUUAUAUUAUGUAAAUACAAAAAUAAAUCUUAAAAAAUGAAAAAAAAA